AUGUCCACCUCUUUUCCACCUUCUAAGAUUGGCGGCGGCGCUACGUCGCCGACGGCGUCGGCCAUCGUCGCGCAGGCCGUGUCCGGGUCGCACGUCCUCACGGUCGACGGGUACUCCCGCACCAUGGGGCUCGGCACCGGCAAGUUCAUCAAGUCCGGAACGUUCGACGUCCGCGGCCAUAGCUGGUGUAUCCUGUACUACCCCGACCGUAGAACCUCAGAUGACGCCGACUGGAUAUCCAUCUAUCUAUGUCUCGUUCACACCGAUGCCGACGAGGUCAAGGCACAGUUCAAGAUUAGUUUGGUCGAUCAGCACGGAGAAUCAGGGACAUCAUACAGCAACGAAAGCCAGAUAUGCGCCUUCAGAGUAACAGAAGGACCGUGGGGCUUCGGCGUAAUCAAACGCAAGGACUUGGAGGGAUCUGUCUACUUGAAGGACGAUGUCUUGAGAAUCAGGUGCGACGUCACGGUGUCGAUGGAGAUCAUCACCGAGCACACCGCUCCGGCGGUCCUGGUGCCGCCGUCAGACAUGCACCACCAUCUCGCCCGGCUCCUCUCGGCCGGCGAGGGCUCGGACGUCACCUUCGAGGUCGGCGGCGAGGCGUUUCCCGCGCACAGGUACAUGCUCGCCGCCCGGUCCUCCGUCUUCAGGGCGGAGCUCCUUGGCCCGAUGAAGGAGAAGACCGCAACUCGCGUACAAAUCAACGACAUGGAUGCCAAUGUGUUCAGGGCUCUCCUCCACUUCAUCUACACCGACUCAUUGCCAGAGAUGGACGACGGGGACUCGACGGCGAUGGCCCAGCAUCUGCUUGUGGCUGCGGACAGGUAUGACAUGGAGCGGCUCAAGCUGAUCUGCGUGGAGAGGCUCUGCAGCGGCCUCUGCAGAAGCACGGUGGCGACGACGUUGGCCUUGGCCGAGCAGCACGGUUGCGGUGCGCUCAAGAAGGCGUGCUUCAAGUUCCUCACUUCUCCGGGGAACCUGAAGGCGGCCAUGGCGAGCGAGGGCUUUCAGCAUCUGAGGAGCAGGUGCCCCUCUCUUCUCGAGGAGUUGCUCGCCAAGCUUGCUCCCUGA